AGAAAGCAAGGAGUUCCUCAACUCAACUUUGUUUUGCAUCUCUGCGCUUGCACCUCCGCAAGAAACCCAAAAGCAAUGGACGCACCAGCAGCCGCCGGCUCCAGGGGACCCCCCAAGUUCAAGCAGAGGGCGGCCCGCGUCUUCAAGAGCAAGGCCCCCAAGCCUGGACAGAAGGGAUUUGGCGACGACAUCCCAGGAAUGGAGGGACUUGGAACAGACUUCACGGUGGUCUGCCCGUGGGAGGCCUUUGGAGACAUGGAGCUGAGCGACCUGGCGAAAUACGGAAUUGUGUAG